UCCCAUCUCACGAGGCUUUUGCUCCCACAAACACAUAAAAAGAAGGAAGAUUUUCUGUGAUGAACUCUUACCCCUUUUGCAAUAUAAAUACCUCCAAAUGCGAAAUUGAGAAAGCUUUUUAGAAAUCCAGCUCCCAUUACUCGCCGCACGGCGCCGUUUCAGAGUUAGGCAACUCCGCUCUCUCCGUCCUAGCUCCACAAGGACCCCAAGGGAUUGUGAAGAUUGAGAGGUGAUUGGGUUUCGGUGAUGGAAGAUUUCUCGGAGCAGAGUCGAUUCGAUGAGAACCAAAUCGGGUAUGAUGGGGAGGAGCAAUUUCAACAGCCCCAGGAGCAGCAAUUUGAUUCUGGGCGUGAGUUUGAGGGCAAUCAUAACAGCAACGUUGAUAGUGAGGGCAAUGAGUUUAGGGAUUCCUCCUUCAGUAAUCGUGCCGACGCCGCCGCAGGGAAACUAUUUGUAGGAGGCGUCUCGUGGGAGACCAGUGAAGAAACCUUUACCAAUUACUUCGGCCAAUAUGGAGAAAUAGCAGAUUCUGUUAUAAUGUUAGACAAACAUACUGGGAGACCAAGGGGGUUUGGAUUUGUAACAUUUGCUGAUCCAGUGGCUGCUGAUGCAGUUUUAGAGGAAGAGCAUGUCAUAGAUGGCAGAGUGGUGGAGGUGAAGAGGACUGUUCCCAGGGAGGAUAUGGGAUAUAAGGCGGGAUCAAAAAGAAAGAAAAUUUUUGUCGGUGGGAUACCAACGUCUUUAUCUGAUGAGGAAUUGGGGGAAUAUUUUUCUAUAUUUGGUACCAUUGUUGAGCACCAGAUUAUGGUAGAUCAUAAAACUGGGAGGUCCCGAGGAUUUGGAUUUGUCACAUUUGAGAAUGAAGAUGCUCUUGACAAGGUAUUUUCAGAAGGAAAAAUACAUGAACUUGGAGGCAAACAGGUGGAAAUAAAAAGGGCUGAACCUAAAAGGCCUGGAGGUGAUUUCAGUGGUAGUGCUGCAAGGUCGUAUGGUGGCUCAGGUGGUGCUGCAGCUGGAUAUAGUGGAUAUAAUUCUGGAGGUCGUUUCAGCGGAAAAAUGGGCAGGGGCUAUGGUGGACCUGGUGGUUAUGGUGCUGCCUAUGGGAAUUACAACAAUUAUGCUGGAAAUUAUGCUGCAAAUUAUGCAGGUUUCUAUGGUGGCUAUGGUGGAUAUGGAUAUGGUUUUGGGUAUGGUGGACCCAUGUAUGGCAAUGCCGGGUAUGGAGUGAGUGGUUAUGGCAUGCCUGGUGGUUAUGGCACCCCUACAGGUUAUGGUGGUGCUAAAGGGUAUGGAAGUGGCUCUGCUGGUCGGGGUCAAGGUAGGGGUCGAGGUCGUGGUGGUAGCAGUUACGAUGCUGGUAGAGGGUAUGAUAGGAGUGGUGAUUCUACGACUGGAAGAUAUCAUCCGUACCAAAAUUGAGGAAAAGUUUUGGUUGACUGCAUCUUAAUCUAUGCCUGCCGGCUAUGGGAGCAUAGUGAACUUUCCUCAGGCACUGCAUGAGAGCAUCAACAAAGUUUGCUGUAAUGUGAAAAAGAGUUCUGAUCGUAUUUAUUAUGAUAUGCGGUACUUUGCCUACCUCAACGGCUACUAUGGGAAGAGAAGCAGAAGGCGACUUAGCAAAGCAUCCAUGCGCUCCAACAGGAGGUUAUCAGUUCUUUACACAUACAUUGUAGAGAAAUUGAAGUGCAGAUCAACUAUUUGCUAGCCGCUUACAAUUGCUACUCCCUUAUUUAUGACUUGACUUUUAAAUCCAGGGAUAUGAAAGAGAUGUGUUUGAUUGAAAUGUCUUGGCAUUUGCUUGUAGUUAUAGCAUUCUUUCUUCAAUAGAAUCAUAUAGGGUAGUUCUGAUUUAGCUGUUGCCUCUUUUUUCCUUUGGAGCCAAACAGAAAGUUAGGAAAACAAACAGUAGAUCAGCUCUAGGGAACUGUAGGUUCAAUAGUUUGGCUACUUAUGAACAAAGUCAGUUUUGUCAUAUGUUUGCUUUCUGACCUGUACGAAAUGGCAUUGAAAUUUUCC